AUGGAUGCUCAACUUUUCCAUAAAUUUAAUUUCAUGAACAUGGAAUGGUUCAUGGACCCUCUGAAUCCAUUCUCAGAAUGUCAGGGGCGACCUGGACCAAUUGGAAGUCAAGGUCCAACAGGUCCUCAAGGAUUCCCUGGCCCUUCUGGUUUAUCAGGGCUGAAAGGAGAAAGAGGCUCGCCAGGCACUCUGGGACCACACGGACCUGCAGGAGAUAAGGGUCCCAUGGGAGUUCCUGGUUUCCUUGGCAUCAAUGGGAUUCCGGGCCACCCUGGACAACCAGGCCCCAGAGGUCCUCCUGGCCUGGAUGGCUGUAAUGGAACUCAAGGAGCUGUCGGAAUUCCAGGCCCUGAUGGCUUUCCUGGGCUUCACGGACAACCUGGACUCCCUGGUCAGAAAGGAUCCAAGGGUGAAUCUGCUGUUGAUCCAGGUAGUUUCAAAGGAAUGAAGGGAAAUCCUGGAUUACCUGGACUGGAUGGAAUCACCGGCCCACAAGGAGCAUCUGGAUCACCUGGACCUGCAGGACCCAUGGGACCACCAGGAUUGCAAGGUCCCCCAGGACCCCCUGGUCUCCCAGGCCCUGAAGGGAAUAUGGGGUUAGGUUUCCAAGGAGAGAAAGGAGCCAAGGGGGAUGUUGGCCCCCCAGGACCUGCAGGACCACCACCAUCUACUGGAGAACUGGAGUUCAUGGGCCUUCCUAAGGGGAAAAAAGGAUCAAAGGGUGAAACAGGGCCUCAAGGUAUACCAGGCACAAUUGGACCCCCAGGAUUUCCAGGAUUCGGAACUACUGGAGAAAAGGGAGAAAAGGGAAUUCCUGGUUUGCCAGGACCCAGGGGUCCUAUUGGUUCAGAAGGAUUCCAAGGUCCUGCAGGAGAACAGGGCAAGGAGGGGUCACCAGGUUUCCCUGGGCUAAAUGGACUCCCUGGAAUUAAGGGUGAAAAAGGUGGCAUUGGCCUGCCAGGCCCGGACAUUUUCAUCGAUGUCAAUGGUGCUGUAAUAGCAGGCUAUCCUGGAGACCCUGGUAUGCCAGGCCAGCCAGGCCUUAAAGGGGAUGAAGGCGUUCAGGGACCACGUGGACCUCCUGGUGCCCCAGGCCUCCCAAGCUUACCGGGUAUUCAAGGCACCCUUGGCCCUCAAGGAUUUUCAGGUUUGAAGGGGGACCAAGGAAACCCAGGCCAUACCACUACUGGGCCAGCUGGCCUCCCAGGCAAAGAUGGUUUGCCAGGGCUACCAGGCCCAAGAGGCCCACCCGGUCCAUUGCUUGGGACUGGAACCCUACACGGAAGAGAACCAGGAUUCCCUGGUCUCCGAGGAGUACAAGGUCCAAAAGGAAACUCAGGACUCAAGGGAGUAAAAGGGGAUGCUGGCUUUUGUGUUUGUGAUGGUGGUAUCUCCAACACUGGACCACCUGGGGAGCCAGGCCAACGUGGGCCACAGGGUCUUAUGGGCCCGCCAGGAAUAAAAGGAAUCAGAGGAGAUCCUGGAGCUGGAGGCACACAGGGCCCAGGAGGGACACCAGGUUUACUUGGGCCUGCAGGUCCUCCAGGCUCAAAAGGAGAGAAAGGGGAGGCAACUCUCCAUACACACUCAGGAAUGCCAGGGGAGAAGGGUGAUCCUGGUCCCCAAGGAUUCCCUGGUGUGGCGGGAGCCCAAGGCAAAGAUGGAACAACAGGCUUGCCAGGUGUACCAGGUCUUCCGGGUGAUGGUGGACAAGGCUUUCUGGGUGAAAAAGGAUUCCCAGGACAGCCGGGUGAAAAAGGUCAUCGUGGUCCAAUUGGUCUCCCAGGGAUUGGACUCCCAGGACCUCCUGGACCUCGUGGAGUUCCUGGAGAACAAGGAAGAGAUGGAUUACCCGGAAAGCAAGGUCCCCCUGGGUCUCCAGGUAUCACCUUGCCUUGUAUUACAUCUGGAUUGUAUGGCCCAUCAGGAUCUCCCGGAACUCCUGGUUUCCCAGGGCCUAAAGGAGCCCGAGGCCUCCCUGGAACUCCUGGUCAGCCUGGAUUACAUGGAAGUAAAGGAACACCAGGAAACCCUGGCUUGGUUCACCUCCCUGAAAUGCCAGGAUUUCCUGGACCUCGUGGGGAAAAGGGCUUGCCUGGGUUUCCUGGACUCCCUGGAAAAGAUGGCUUGCCUGGAAAGGCUGGCAGUCCAGGUUUACCAGGUUCCAAGGGCGCCCCUGGUGACAUCUUUGAUGCUGAAAAUGGUGCUCCGGGCAAGCAGGGCCUACAGGGAUUGCCUGGGGACAAAGGACUUCCUGGAGACUCUGGCCUUCCGGGACCCAAGGGUUUGCAUGGGAGAUCUGGCAUGCCAGGUCCCAAGGGUGAACGGGGCAGCCCCGGUUCACCAGGAUACACGGGCCAGCCAGGCCCCUCAGGUCCUAAUGACCUGUAUGGCAUCAAAGGCAAAUCUGGACUCCCAGGAGCACCAGGAUUUCCAGGCAUUUCAGGAUCUCCUGGCAAAAGAGGCCCAAAAGGCGAGAUAGGGCACCCUGGAUCAACUAGGAAGAAAGGCCUACCCGGCCUGAAAGGCUAUUCUGGAACUCCUGGGCUAACAGGCCGCCAGGGAAGCCCAGGAUUACCCGGGAGUACUGGGAUGCCAGGCCUUGUGGGUCCAAAGGGAGAGACAGGGUCCAUUGGACCAGUCGGUUUUCCGGGGAUUCCAGGUCUCCCUGGGAUUCCUGGGGCAAGCGGACUAAAGGGAACUUCUGGAUCCCCCGGCAAGUUGGGACCAUUUGGGCAGCCUGGUAUUCCCGGGGAAAAAGGUCAUAGAGGUGAUCCAGGGCCAGCCGGAACAUCAAGUUCAAGAUUUCCAACACUCAACAUUUUGUUUAAAGGUGACAAAGGCACUCAGGGCUCAUCUGGAUCAAAUGGAUUUCCUGGUCUCAGAGGAGACAAAGGAGAAAUUGGACUGCCUGGACUGCCAGGCCUUCCUGGAACUCGUGGUCUGCCCAGCACCAUCAAAGGGCUUACCGGGAACCCGGGUCCUUCUGGUCCCACAGGACUACCAGGUUUACCUGGUCUCAAAGGUUCCCGGGGAAUUAUGGGUUUCCCAGGAAUGCCAGGAGAAGGUGGUCCGCAGGGUCUUAAUGGGAUCCCUGGCCUCACAGGAGCACCUGGCCCCCUAGGAUCAAAAGGUGAUCAAGGCCAGACUUUUAAAGUUUCUGGUAAUCCAGGACCCAAGGGGAAAGCUGGAGAGUCUGGUGUUAAAGGACAAAAAGGAGAAAAUGGACCAGCUGGUGACAUGGGUUUGACAGGAAACCAAGGUGAAAAUGGAGAAACUGGUGUUGUAGGAGACAUUGGCCUUCCUGGUCCCCCAGGGCUUCCAGGAAUAACAGGUCUGAGAGGAGAUCCAGGACUUCGAGGUUUCUCAGGUCUCCCAGGGGUAGCUGGGCCCCUGGGAUCCUCCGGCAUCAUAGGACCUAAAGGUUCUCCUGGACUUCCUGGUUUACAUGGACUGAAUGGACUUCCAGGCACCAAGGGUACCCAUGGAACUCCAGGACCCAGCAUCACUGGAGUACCUGGACCUGCUGGCUUACCCGGUGCCAAAGGGGAAAAGGGCACCCCAGGGAUUGACAUUGGAGCCCCAGGAAAGCCAGGAACAAGAGGGCAAAAGGGUGGCCAAGGUUUUCCGGGUAUCCAAGGCCCUGCUGGUGCUCCAGGUGCCCCAGGCAUCUCCUUACCCUCACUCAUAGUGGGACUGCCUGGUGACCCCGGGCGACCAGGUCUAGAUGGAGAACGAGGCCGCCCAGGCCCCCAGGGACCUCCUGGACCUCCUGGGCCAUCGUCGGACCAAGGUGACUCUGGAAAUCCUGGUUUCCCUGGAAUCCCUGGGCCUCAAGGGCCCAAGGGAGAUCAAGGCAUUCCAGGGUUCUCUGGCCUCCCUGGAGAGCUAGGACUGAAAGGCAUGAGAGGUGAGCCUGGCUUCAUGGGAAUUCCAGGCAAGGUUGGGCCACCUGGAGAUCCAGGAUUUCCUGGCAUGAAGGGGAAGGCAGGGCCAAGAGGCUUCCCUGGCGCGCAAGGUGCUCCUGGACAGACGCCCAUUGCAGAAGCCAUCCAGGCUCCUCCGGGACCCUUAGGGCUCCCAGGCAUUGAUGGCAUCCCCGGCCUCAGCGGUGACCCUGGAACCCAAGGCCCUGUGGGCCUGCAAGGCUCUAAAGGUUUGCCCGGCAUCCCUGGCAAGGACGGCUCCAGUGGGAUCCCCGGCCCACCUGGGGCUCUCGGCGAUCCUGGCCUCCCUGGACUGCAAGGCCCCGCAGGAUUUGAAGGAGCUCCAGGGAAGCAAGGCCCCCUCGGGAGACCUGGAGUGCCAGGCCAGAGUGUGAGAGUGGGCUACACGUUGGUGAAACACAGCCAGUCAGAGCAAGUGCCCCCAUGCCCUGUCGGGAUGAGCCAGCUGUGGGUGGGUUACAGCUUGCUGUUCGUGGAGGGGCAGGAGAAAGCCCACAACCAGGAUCUGGGCUUUGCUGGCUCCUGCCUGCCCCGCUUCAGCACCAUGCCCUUUAUUUACUGCAACAUCAAUGAAGUAUGCCACUAUGCCAGGCGCAACGAUAAAUCCUACUGGCUCUCCACCACCGCUCCCAUCCCCAUGAUGCCAGUUGGCCAGUCCCAGAUCCCACAGUACAUCAGCCGCUGCUCGGUGUGUGAGGCACCUUCACAAGCCAUCGCAGUGCACAGCCAGGAUACCACCAUCCCGCAGUGCCCCCUGGGCUGGCGCAGCCUCUGGAUUGGCUAUUCCUUUCUCAUGCACACUGCCGCAGGUGCCGAGGGUGGAGGACAGUCCCUGGUCUCGCCUGGAUCCUGCCUUGAGGACUUUCGGGCCACUCCCUUCAUCGAAUGCAGUGGAGCUCGAGGCACUUGCCACUACUUUGCCAACAAGUACAGUUUUUGGCUGAGCACAGUGGAGGAGAGGCAGCAGUUCAGAGAGGAGCCUGUGUCUGAGACACUGAAGGCAGGGCAACUACAUACCCGAGUCAGCCGCUGCCAGGUGUGUAUGAAAAGUCUAUAGGGAAUCACCUGCCACUCCACCCUGUGUGCUCCCCUUCCCCUCACAACAGUCACCUCACACACCUG